CUGAAAAAAAAACUAUAGUAGGCCUAUAUGAAUAAUAUAAUGCAUGCAGCUUUCUAAUAUGAUGCAACCCUAUUAAUGAAGUACCCUGCAUAGUGGCAUUUGUAAGUAAGCAACCAUCUGAACGGCAUUAUUUUGACAGAUUUCUUUUUUGUGUGGAGCAGGUAUCACGUGUGCCCUAGACGCUGUAUUGUUGCUUAGUCUCAGUCCCUGACUGUGUACGUGUGGAUGGGGUAGUUUACACAGGAUUACACUUGGAUAAUCCUUUUACAGUAUUUAAAGACAUGAGUCGCCAUCUGUCUGCCUUUAGCCCUCCCUAGGACUCCUACCGAGCUGUUCAAAGACCGAGGCUAGUUUUAACUGCUAAAUUAUCAGUAUUUAUGUAUCGAUUUAUUUAUUUAUUUUUAAAGCCACAUGAAUGUAGAGCUAUUCCUGGUGGGCCACUAUGUGCAGCGGAGUCUCGACAUCCUAUUAACUAAGCUCCCCCAGCAGGUGCGUCAUUCCCUGUCAUCAGCUCCCUGUCGCCUUGCGUGUCUUCUCGGCUGUGAAGCGAUUCGUCUGCAAGAACACAGGACCAUCAAUGAUUAUUUUAUACGCAACGAAUGUUGCAACGUGAUGGACGUGACCUGGUGAACAGAAUCAGAAGACCAAUUAAUAUUUGUUUCACCAAGAGUAAUAUUAUUUUUAGCCGGUAGCCGCAAGUUUUAAUUUGCACCUGCAACUUUCACAACUUUAAAGUAGGCUGCAUAUGACAACAGCACCUGCCCAUAGUUCUGUUCUCCAGAGUGACCUUCUCGUCACUAGACUACUUUCCCCCAGUCUACUGAUAACCUGAAUUCCAGAUGAUGCGGACGGACAGCAGAGGCCGCAGUGCCUCCCCCCAUAGGAUAACCUACAAGUCUGACUUCCACACCAUCAAAUGCACCUUCGAUGGCACCCCUCCACACGAGACCACCUCUAGCUGCGAUUCAAGCCAGAGUGGAAUUCCUACUAGCCUGUCCGAUCCCAUGUUGUCCGACACAAGCCCCACCACCACCACCACCACAACCACCUGCUCCGACAGCAGCAGUCUAACCCGGAGUAGGAUCACCACCAGCAUGGGCACCAAAAUCCGAGAGAACAUCUUCCUUCAGAUGGACAGCCAGCAGCUCAGGCAGGAUGUGGGCCUUCUCUCAGAGACUUGCUCCGCCCUCCUCCUCCUCUCUCCCCAUCCUCCUCGCUCGCAGCGCCAGCCCUCGCCUCUGCCACAGUCCAGGCGUUCCAACCAGCUCGUCUCAUCUGUGGGCGCCCUGGGCAGCAGGUCCAGCCUCUCCAGCCUGGACUUUCCCAGCGUGACGGCCAAUACGCCCGUCAAGCAGUCGGAUCAGGAGAUAGCCGACAUCGACCGGGCUGCGCUGGCAAAGACGUUCCUGGUGGCACGGAAGCUGUUCGAGACCAAGGUGGCUGAGCCGGGAGGGGCGCAGAGUUCGAGGUUGAGCGCUUUCCGAGGCAGCAAGGAGUUGUUGAACGAUGAAGGGGAGGAAGAAGGUAGGGGACAUGUCAGCCAGGUGGAAGACGAUGAAGAAGCAUCUACCACAUGUACCUCCGAGGAUAUCUUCCCUCGAGGGCUUCGGUCUCCAUCUCUGAGUUCCUCAGCUGACCCUUUGUCUGAGGCAAACAAUUCGGAAUCCUUCCGCCCCGCCUCUGUCUCACCUGAAACCUGUGAACCCUGUUUGACCCCGAGGGACCUCUCGACCUGGCCGGAGCAGCCGGUGAGAGCAGAGUUGGUAGACGUGAAGAACGAGUCAUCGGAGAGCGACGAAAACGAGGAGGAAGCGGCAGACAGAGAAAGGAAGGAUGAGGUUCUCCAGGCGAUUGAUGCCAGGGAACAGCGUGUUGCAGGAGCGGCGAUGGAUGCUGUGGAGCCAUUGGUGGACGAUGUGUUUGAGGAGCCCAGUACAGAGGCUUCCCCAGGGCUUCUCUCAGCACCUCUGUUGGUGGAACACAACAUGGGGAAAACUUUGCUUUUACAAGGAGACAGGGCGGCGAUCGUCUCAGGAGAUAAUCAUAACCUGCAGGACUUCCCAUCUGGCAGUGUAUCUGAGGGAGAGAGUGUAUCUGACAUAACAGGGAGGGACAAGUACUGGCAGGCAAAGGAGUGCAACCACGAGGAUCGGGGAGAGACCAGGGAAGAAGACACGCCAUCCAGCACAGGAAACGGAACGAUGAUUGCCAUCCAAACCAAAAGGGUUGACGAAGAGGAAGAGAAAAUGGAAGGGGAAAAGGGGAAAGAGGGGGGUCAGAAGGGCACUGAGAUGAGCGAUGAACAGAGGGAGGCUGUCGCCGAGGAUCAGAUGAAGGCUGGCCUACAUGAGGAGAGUGCUGAAGGUGAGCCCAGGGAGACGUGUGUGGACCAGAAGUGUGAGGGAACAGCUGAUGUAUUACACGGAGACGAAUCGGAAGCUGCAUCGGGCCAUGGGAUAGAGAACAAGGCUUUCACCGACGACAAGGAGAAGGAUUCAAAGCGAAGGGUCCACUUCUGCACAGCCCCCAUCACGGUGUACAAUACAUACUCUAACGAGACGUACGACCGGCACAAUGACGACAUCGACCCAGUGUCCGCGUCAGCAGAGUAUGAGCUGGAGAAGAGAGUAGACAAGAUGGAUGUCUUCGCUGUGGAAAUAGAAAAAGAGGAGGACGGCCUUGGGAUCAGCAUCAUAGGGAUGGGCGUGGGGGCCGACCAGGGGCUGGAGAAGUUGGGGAUCUUCGUCAAGAGCGUGACCGAGGGAGGCGCCACGCAGAAAGACGGAAGCAUUAUGGUCAACGACCAGAUCGUGGAGGUGGACGGAGUCAGUCUGGUGGGAGUCUCCCAGAUGUUUGCCGCUACGGUUCUUAAGAACACAUCUGGCCUGGUGAAGUUUUUGAUUGGUCGAGAGCGGCAGGGGGUGGAGAGUGAGGUGGCACGACUGAUCAAUGAGAGUCUGGAGAUGGAGCGAUCCCCGAGAGAGAGAGAGGAUGACACGUCAGACAACAGCCUGUUGGAAGAGGAGGAGGAGGAGGAGCAGCAGGAGGAGGUAGAAGAAGAGGAGGAGGAGGAUGAUGAAGAAAAUGAUGUCUCCACCCUCAGCGGUCUGGACAAUCAUGAGAUCUGCAUUAAAUACCAGCAGCUCCAUUCAGAGUGGCAGACCAAGGCGGCCCAGCUCCGAGACGCCAGGGAGAAGCUAAAGGAGUUGGGGAAGCACCAGGCAGACUGGGAGACUCAGAGGAUGGAGUUGGAGCAAAGGGUGGAGGAUGGAGAGGAUAAAGGCCAGAAACUAGAGAAGUAUUGGCAGGAGGCUCAGACCCUGUGCAGGGUUGUGAGCCAGCGAUUGGCUGAUGCACAGAGCCAAUCGGAGAGUCUGGAGAUUAAAUACAGCAAGGCCAAGAGACUUGUCAGAGAAUACCAGAACAGGUUGGAUGAGGGGGAGAAGAGGGAGGCGGCGCUAAAGCAGGACCUGGAGGAGAAGGAGAGGAGGCACACGCAGAGUGUGGAGCGUCUGCAGGCCCAGCUCGCACAGCAGGAGAACCACCAGCCGGCGUCUGCGAGGACUCCUUCCCUGGAUUCGUCAACCACAGGUCCAGUAUGGUGCAUCCCUGACACGGGACGCCUGGACUCCAGCGCUCUGAGGGCCAAAGCUCAGCUGGCCCAGAAGGCAAAGCGGCACCCGCCGUCGCGGGAGAAACUCAGAGAGAGCUUCAAACAACAAACGAGAGAAACCGCCCCGCUCCACGACAGCCAAUCGAUGCCCGCGCUCGCGUCGGUGAAGGCGGGGCCUAGGAGCGGCCUGACGAGCACCUCCUCCACCUCGGCCCUGGGCCCCCACAGCCUCCCCGCCUCGGCCCUCUCACCCAGGACCCCCGUCUCCGAGGACAUCACCCCCUCCUCCUCCUCUUCCUCCAAGUCGUCCGCGAGGAAGCUCAGACGGAAGUUCCCUGACUUCAGUGGCUUCCGGAAGUCCCUGAGCAGAAGGAGCGUGAAGAUCGGAACGAAGUCCUCGGAUAAACGCUCUAGCCGGGGGGGCUCCCACGGCGACCUGGCAGUUGGCCCCAGGGGCGUGUCUCCGACGGGCUCCAUGAGCACCACCCCCUCCUGCCUGUCCUUCCCCUUCCCCUGGUUCGGGGGUCGGGAGAAGGGGGGCUCGGGGGGGCAGCAGCAGCAGGAGGAGGAGAGGUUCCGGGAGAGGCUCCGCUCGGUGUCCAGCAGCAGCCUGCCCUACCUGACCACCAGCGGGAGGGGAGAGCAGACGAGUGUAGGGACCUCCAGCUUGGCGGAUCUUGUAUCCGACCACUCCUUCCCUGGAUACUCUCACAAUGUCACCUUUUCCUCCACUGAGACUCUGGACAAUGACCCGGCUCCAGCGCACAAUAACAACCAAUGGCAGAGCCGCCCGCUCCUGGAGUGGACCAACCAGCAGGUGUGUCUGUGGUUGAUUGGCAUGAACAUGGACCAAUACGCGGCGGAGUUCACUGCCAAGGGGGUGGACGGAGAACAGCUGCUUGGCCUGGACAGUGAGAAGCUCAAGGCUCUGGGCGUGUGCAGUCAAAGCGACCGCACAGAGCUGAAGAAGAAGCUGAAGGAGAUGAGGAAGAGCGAGGAAAAGAGCCAGAAGGAGAAGGACAAAAGGAUGAGGAAGGAGAAGGAGAACAAGCCGCUUGAGAAGGGGAGCGUGGCGACCGACAAAGAGAAGUCGACCCAGGGCAAGAGGGGUGCGAGGACGGAGUCGCUCUUGUGAGACGAGCUCAACACUAAAGGAGCUUGCAUUCUCCCCACCAGCAGGUGUAUGCUGUGUCUUCGUACACACACACGGGUUCCAUUUUAGAUUUGGUUGUUUCCGCUGCUAUUGUACGGCUUAACUUUUUUAGAUUUGAAGACGGUGUCUUUUUAAUUGAGCUUCAGACCAAAUCGAAUGUUUGAAUCAGCACUUAUUCUGUACAGUACUGUAUUCACUACAAUGUAUGAUUUUGUGUGUACAGCUCUUGUGAUUGCUUUUUAUAUGUUAAUGAUAAUAAUGUUUAUCUUUAGACCUCGCCAUUUGUGUUGUUCACGUUGAAUGUAUUUUUAUCUGUGAAUAAAUAUUUUUCUAAACUAC